ACAUUUUUCAGGUUCUUUUGUGAAUAUCUAAUCUAAAUUCAAAUGUCAAUUAUUGUGCCAUCUGUAAUUUGGUUGAAAAUAUGGAAGAGAACUCUGCCUCAGUCAGGUGUUUUCUUGUCUCAGCCAGCACAUUCAAUCUACAGCAAAACCAAAGAAUGGCCACAAGAUUCUACUCUUGAAAUUCUACAAGAGGUUGAAAGGCACUGGAACAAUGUUGUCACAAAGCCCCAAAAAAGUACCAACUCCAGGAAACAUGUUGAUGAAUUAGGCAAAAAGUAUGUGCUUGCCAUGUUUCCCUAUCCAUCUGGGGAGCUGCAUAUGGGACAUGUCCGUGUCUAUACCAUCAGUGACUCCCUCGCCAGAUACUAUCGAGCACUUGGCUACCAGGUUAUUCACCCAAUUGGGUGGGAUGCAUUUGGGCUACCAGCAGAGAAUGCUGCCAUAGAGCGCAACGUGUCCCCCUCACAGUGGACUGAUCAUAAUAUAGAGCACAUGCGUCAACAGCUCUGCCAGCUUGGCUGCCACUUUGACUGGGAUCGCGAGGUGCGGACCUGCGACCCUCAGUACUACAGAUGGACACAGGAGAUAUUCCUGCGACUCUUCAAAGCUGGGCUGGCAUACCGCAAACAAGCUUUUGUGAACUGGGACCCCGUGGACCAGACAGUCUUGGCUGACGAGCAGGUUGAUGAUAAGGGCCGCGCCUGGCGCUCUGGAGCCAAGGUGGAGCGCAGGCUGCUCAACCAGUGGUACAUCCAGUGUACACGGUUGUCGGCGCUGCUGCAGGAUGGUCUGGACUCUCCACAGCUGCAGGACUGGCGCAACAUUGUUACGCAGCAGCGGCAGUGGAUCGGUCGCUGUGACGGAUUUGUAGCCAUGAUGAAUGUCAAUUGCAACUCGCAAGCGACUGGUGGAGCCAGGGAAACCCUUGACGGCUCAAGCGUGCCUGUGUACACGAGGCUCCCCGAGCUGCUCUGUGGCAUCAGCUUCCUGGGCGUGCGCAGUGAUCAUGAGCUGGCACUUGCUGAGGGUAGCCCACUCACUGUGCAGUACACGAAGACCCUGACGACGUGUGACGCUUCUACUUCGUCAGACAUCAAGUGCAGCUUCAGGGUGUCCAGGGUGACGGUGACCAACCCCUUGUCUGGGGCGACCAUCCCCAUCAUCGUGUCCGAUGAGCUGCCUUUCCAUCCCGGGCGUUGCGAGUUCUAUGUCGGCUACGGGGCGGGAAGUGAGCUGGACGCUGGCAUUUGUAAAGCAGGGGACUUCCAGGUCGUCGAUGUGCUGCAAGGCCACACGUUUAAAUACAUCCAAGAACAGACAAAUGCAUCUGUUUUGUCAGACUUGGAAGGAGUGAACAAGCAUAAUAGACUUAUUGACCACGUGAUAAGAUCAACCAUCGGUGACGGCCUCAACCCCGAUGUUACGGAAAAUGCUUCACAUAACUUUAAAGCUGAACAAAUCUCGGAAAUGAGCGAGAUUAAUCAUCCAUUGCUACCUCGCAGUGAAAAUUCCCAUACACAAGUUGAAUUGAGCUUUGAUCCUAACCUGCACAACAGCUCUGAGCUGACAGGUUUGAGCUGCAGCGCUGCACGCGUCAAAGUCUUGCAGUUGCUGGAGCAGCGCGGCGCUGGCGGGUUCCCUGCUAGCGCCCACCUCAAGGACUGGCUCAUCUCUCGCCAGCGGUCGUGGGGCGCGCCCAUACCUGUGGUGCACUGCCCGUCGUGUGGCAGCGUGCCUGUGCCGUCAUGUGAGCUGCCCGUGCUGCUGCCGUGCCAUCGUCCUGACAUGCCACAGCCUCAUGCCAGCCUCCGCUCCAUUCCAGCAUUCACUGCGUGUAACUGCCCUCAAUGCGGUGGUGCGGCAGAGCGCGAGACGGACACGAUGGACACGUUCGUGGACUCGUCGUGGUAUUUCCUGCGCUACCUCGACCCUGGCAACGCAGAGGCGCCCUUCCAGCGCGCGCUCGUUGACGCGGCCAUGCCUGUUGACGUCUACGUGGGGGGCGAGGAACAUGCGGUACUACAUCUGUACUACGCGCGGUUCAUGCAGCUCUUCCUGCACAGCCAGGGCCUCACGAGCCACUCGGAACCUUUCACCAGGCUGCUGCUGGUGGGGCGCAUCAAGGCCCCUGCGUACGUCCGCGUCAGCGACGGCAAGUACCUGCGCCCUGACGACGUCGACUGCAGCGUCAGCCCUCCCGUCGAGCGAGGCACCGGCGCCCCUGUCAAGGUAAUGGUGGAGAAGAUGAGCAAAAGUAAGCACAACGGCGUAGCGCCGUCCGCGGUGAUGGCUGAGUUCUCGUGCGACGCGACGCGGCUGGCGGUGCUGCGGGAGGAGGCGCCUGCGAACAACAGGACCUGGCGCCAGCAGGAGAGCUUCUUCCCCGUCAUGCGAUGGAUCUUCGUCCUGUGGAAGACCGUCGGUAAAUUCGUGCACAUGAGACAAACAAAAGAGGCGCAGCAGUCGGCGGGAGUGGAGGCAGCGGAAGAAGUGCUGCGUGGCCACCGUAACCGCGCAGUGCAGGAGGUGACGCGUCACUACGCCGACCACCAGCAGCACACCGCAGUGCGCAAGCUAGAGACAUUCACGCGACACAUCAGGAGCGCGCCCUUGACAGCGAUGUAUGGAGCAGAGUACGAGCGUUCCCUCGCUGCGCUGCUGCUGAUGCUGGCGCCCAUCAUGCCACACCUCGUCGCCGAGAUGUGGCUCGCCUUCUCACAUCACGCACACCUCCCGCACUAUAAGAGCGAAGACGUGCACGAGCAGCCGUGGCCUGAGGUGGACCAUGACUACCAGCCCUGCUACCGUGUCUAUGUUACCGUGAACGACGAUCAUGUGUACAAAGGUGACAUGAGCAUAGCGUCGCUGGAGGCGCUGCAGUGGCAGGAAGACCGCCUGCUGCAGGAGCUGACGCAGGAGCACCAAGCGCUGCAGGUGGCCAUGGCGGGGCAGCCAGUCCUGCGCUCGACGUUCACGCUCAGCGACGAGGAAUGUUCGGUCAAGCUCGUCGUUUACACGCUGGACGAUGAGCAGCUCGUUGCCAAGAAGAAGCGGGACAAACAAGCCAAGAAGCUUCUGAAAGCUCAGAGGCUGAAAGAAAACUCUGCCAAGACAAAGCCAAAAUCGUAGUUCUUUUGCAAUGCUCCGUCUGUGAAUAGUCUCAUAUUAAAAGUGUUUAAUGUAGGUAUUGAAAUAUUUUUUUGAAGAAUCGAAAACCUGCCAGAAUGUGUCAUUUUUUAUUGAACAUUUAUCUUUUAAAGUUUUUAUACUUGAAAAAUUAGCUGGAACGACGUAGAAAUUUACGUACUACAUUAUUCUGACGGAGGACUUCUGACGUGUGUCUGUGCGCGUCAGAAGUCGAUGGGAUCUAGCGCUCCUAGGGCGAUUGUUCCUGAGCGCCCCACCGCUGAGCUCGCGGUGUCUGACUGCA